UUCCGUCUUGUACGUACGCACGAGUGGGCCUGCGUCGAUUUACAUGCGUAUUUACUGUGUAGAAUGUGCAAACAGGAGUGGCGAUUCCCAGCUGACGGUUGUACAAAAAAUACCUUGACGUGGUUUGGUCCAGCGCCGUACACAUGGCACUUGAUGCAGAUGGUUGCAGCGUACACAAAGUUGAUGGAAAUUGUUAAGUUCACUUCUACUGAAGUAGUUGAUAAAAUAUUGUGCGAUUGUUGUCACCGCGUGCUAUCUGUCGGUGAUACGGUUCUGGAAACACUCGGGCGCUACUUUCAUUUAAAUUGUCUCAAAUGCGUAUGUUGCGGUAAACCUAUCGCUACUGGUCCGUUCCUUCCUAUUGCCGGGCUGUUUCCCGUAUGUAAAGGUUGCUGGUUGUGGAAAUCCCAUCGACUUAUUGAGGGCCUGAUAGGCACACCGGAGGGUUUUGGCAGAUGGCGUCACCAAGAACAAGUAAAUGAAUUCUGGAAGCAAAGUCACUAUAAUAUGGCCGAAUUGUCAACCCAAUCUCAACACUCAUCUGAAUGUUAUGUUUGUCGCCACCCAAUUAAUGUAGGUUGCCCCUAUGUCCACUUGGAUGAAGGACCAAUACAUGCCCACUGCUUAAUCUGCUAUGUAUGUGGAGUUCGGCUAACCGACAAAGAAUUUGUUGCCCAAUAUGGUCAAUAUGCUUGCCAAAAGCAUGCCUUCAGUAAAAUUUCACACUGAAUUUCCGCUAUCCCUCUUUUAUUUAUCUUUUUGAGCCGGCAGAAUGGCCCGUGGUGAAUAUUUUAGCGCCUUUUUGGUUUGUUUUUAUUAUAUUUGUCACAAACGCGGU